AUGGACGACAAACUAGACUUUGACCCGCGCGCAUUUGCAGCCGACAUGCAACUACGCACUCGAAAAGCCCGCAACUUUGACAAGGUCGAGCAUGACCUGCCCGACCCCAAAUCCGCUGCCUUUCAGAAAGUACAGACCGCCGCUCUUGCAGGACCUGUUAAUGUCUCGGGAUGGCUUUCGCGCGUUGCAGGAUGGAACCCUUUCGGCAAAGCUGUCGACGCUGGUGAUAUUUUGUGGCUCAUGGACAACACGGCCUAUCGCAACCCCGAAACCGAUCAGUGGGAGGCCGAAUUCGUCGCUGCCGUGUUUGAGAACGAACCCAAGUGCCGCGUAGCGGAUAUAGUGUCUGGUAUCGCUUCGACGCUUGGCUUGGCGGAGGAUGCGGCUGAGCGUGACGUUAUUGAAGAGAGGAUCAUUCCAUUUCUUUGGGAUAUUCAGGCAGCGAGGGUUUUCUGGAUCGAACACAAGAAGAAGGAAAUCAAGUUGGGACCCACUAGCAUCAACGGCAUCACGACGAGCGUUCAGCCUGUUGACCGCUACCAUAAGGGGUCGAUUGUUGAUGCGACAGCGCUGGUGCCCCAUGGGACGAAGGGCAUUCACGACAUGCAGACAUACUAUGCCGGGCCUGAAGGUUGGGCUGUUAUAUCAGAUGUUGAUGAUACUAUCAAGGUUACCUUGACCAGUGAUCCUCUUGGUAUUCUCAAGUCGACUUUUAUCGACGAGCCCACUCCAGUCCCUGGAAUGCCCGAACUUCUCUCAGAUCUGCAGACUUUACUCCCUCGUGAUACCCCCUGGUUUUAUCUGUCAGCGUCACCGUACAACCUGUACCCCCUGUUACGCGAGUUCCGCGAACGAUACUACCCACAAGGCCAACUCAUCCUUCGCGACUCGAGCUGGCGCACAGUGGCGGGUUUGUUGUCAGCGCUCACUAUGGGAACCGAGGAGUACAAGACGGACCGUAUGAAGAAGAUCCAAUCUUGGUUGCCAAAGAAGAAGUUGAUUCUCAUCGGCGACUCGACACAAUCUGAUCCUGAGGCCUACGGUGAAAUUUACCGUACGUUCCCAGGUUGGGUCAAGAUGAUCCUCAUCCGCAAGGCUACUGAUGUGGCUGCCUUUGGCAUCGACGAGAAGAACCAGCUUGAGCGUUUUGAAAAGGCUUUCAAACACGUACCGGUCGAGGCCUGGCAUGUUUUCGAGGAUCCAAGCGAGUGUCGAAACAUUGUGCGAGACGUUGUUCGAAAGAGGGGCUGA